AUGUGUAAUAGCGACGACGACUGGCAACGAUCUGUAGAGGCAGAAGAAGAAGAAGCGAACGGAAUAAUCAGUGAACCGAGCGACAUAGAGAUUAUAAUCUCUGAAGAUGCUUACCAAGUUUCCAAUACAAACGUCUUUCCUUAUGUCUCGCCUCAAAAGUCGACCAGUUCCACCAACUCACCCGCGAUUGAGACUCUGUCAGAACAAUGUAACCCGACUCUGUCCAGCUCAGACGUGGAAUGCGAAAGUGAUAGUGAAUCGACGUGCAGUAGCGACUCCUGUAACAGUAAUUGCUCUGUCAACUUCAUAGACUUUGCAAAAAUGGUUAAGGAAGCCGCAGAAAAGAGGUCACAAGAGUCAACCAAGUUAGCAGUGUCAGCUAAUAUCAAUCAGGGAGAAGUGUCGGAACGUUUCGAGCACUUAGCAAUAUCAGAUAAUGCAACGUGUUCGGACAAAGAGUCCGAGGCCGCCGGGUCGGUGGCGAACGAUUUUUUAACCUUACAGUACGCGGAAAAUAGCGCGUCUGAAAUAUCUGCAAGUGAAUCUACGUACUCAAAUCCGUUCACACAUCCAUCUUCGAUACAGAUGAAACAUAUAGACAGAUCAGGCUUACCCAUAGAUGAGAGAAGAGAUGAUAUUAUUAAUCUGAUUCGUGAAAAUAGAGUUGUGAUUUUAAGUGGUAGUACAGGAUGCGGCAAGUCAACUCAGGUCCCCCAGUUUAUCCUCGAUGAUUGUUUACAAAGACAAGAACAUGUGAAUAUAAUCUGUACUCAGCCGCGCCGUAUUGCGGCUACUUCACUGGCAGAUCGAGUAAGCAGAGAAAGAGGGACGGAGCGGCAUGGUCUGGUGGGAUAUCAUAUCGGGGGAAAAAGAGGCGUCAGUUCAUCGACCAGAUUACGUUAUGUAACGACUGGCGUUUUGUUAGAAAUCCUCAAAUCUGAUCGAAAAUUGAGCAUAUAUUCGCACAUAAUAAUGGAUGAGAUUCACGAAAGAAAUGUGGAUGAUGAUUUGAUGAUGGCUCAUUUACGUUCUAUUUUGAGAGAGAACCAUAAACUGAAGUUAAUAAUUAUGUCGGCCACCAUGAAUGUGAACAAGUUCGCCAAAUACUUUCGUGAUUUUGAAGUGCACGAGGAUGAUGCUUUCAUAGAAAUACCCUGUAUAGAUGUAAAAGCUCGUACUUAUCCUGUCGAAGUAUUCUACUUGGAAGAUGUUUGCGAAGGACUAGAACUUGGUGAAUUGUCUAUUAAUGCUGCGAUGCAAGAGCCACAGAAACCAACGUUAUCAGCAGAAAGGCGGAGACUUCUUGUCGAAUGGAUCAUCAAAUGCCAUAGUAUGAAGCCUUACACGGAAGCAUUUCUGGUAUUCUUACCCGGAAUAGCUAUAAUUGCUGAACUGGAAGAAGAAUUAAUAAAUUAUAAUGAAUAUUACAAACAGAUGGCAAAGUUUGAGGGCCGCAAAUAUCCCAAUCGCUUAGAAAUAAUAAAACUUCAUUCAACUGUUACGAUUGAUGAACAACACUUGGUCAUGCGACGUCCAAGAAAACGAACACGCAAGAUUAUUCUUGCAACGAACAUUGCCGAGAGCUCAAUUACUGUACCCGAUGUCACUAUAAUAUUUGACUCUUGUUUGAGGAAGGAUAUAUCUUAUAAUGAAAUAAGUAGAGCGUAUAGUUUAGACGAACAAUGGAUAAGCAAAGACUGUGCCGAACAACGAAGAGGAAGAGCUGGUAGAGUUGGGCCUGGUUUGCUUUAUAGAUUUGUCACGAAAAGCUUCUACGACAGACUCCCCGAGGAACGCACCCCCGAAAUUGGACGGAUCCCGUUGAACUCUCUACUCCUUCGCAGCAUUUACGCCAACCUUGGAGAUCCUCGCGAUCUAUUGGCCCGUUGUAUCGAUCCCCCGAGCGAUGACGCUAUUGACUUGGCCAUAGAAGAUUUAUUAACAAUUGGGGCUAUAUUUAAAUCUAGCGAAACUCAUGAGGACAAUGAUGGAUGGAUACGGACCAUCUCCUUUAUAGAAUAUCGUGCUACUGAGCUUGGAAAAAUUCUCGCACAAUUACCACUCGAUCUUCAUUCUGGAUUAUUGGUACGAUAUGGAUUAAUAUUCGGUGUUUCGAAUCAUAGCAUAAUCAUAGCAGCAAUAUUACAAAAUAGAGGAAUAAUUGUCCAGCCAUCCAAUAUGGAAAUAGAAAUUGCAGCUGCAUUCAAGCGAUACCACAAGGAUCUACCGGAAGAUUGUCCCUUUAACGGUGGGUCUGAUCUGAUAUCUCACUUGCGUGCUUACUUGUUAUGGGAGGAAACAUGGAAUAACGACGAGAAUGUAGACAAAGAGAAGGAGAUUCAAUGGUGUACGGAGAACUUUGUCAGUUUGUAUUGGAUACGCGAGGUGCAGGAUUUAGUGCUUAGCGUGCGCGACUCGUUGGCAUAUGUAGGUAUUGGCAGCCACCCAACGAAGAAUGAUCGAGACAGAAUACGUAGAAAUCGUCUACGUUAUAGCGAUCUUACUGGAAACAUCAAUGAUGAUGAGUAUAUUGAAGACGAACAAGAUUGUGGGAUUGAGGAGGAAAUGGAUCGUGUGGAACAAAUACUCGAAAAUGCUGCUGCAGGUGCAGUUGAACCGGACCCUGAUGACGAUGAAGAGUUCGAUGAAACAAAGGACGCAACCUCAACUAGUUAUCCAUCGAAAAAGAGCACGAUUGUCCAUCAAAUGUCUGCUGAUACGCUGUCUAUUUUAAACCCUGAACUCAAUGUAUUUGAUCGCACAUAUCAAAUAACAUCUAAUUCUCCAAAACUAAAAGAGGAACCUGAUGUCUUGUUGAUAUCGAUUUUACUCUUGGCGGCUUUUCAUCACAAUAUGCUAUACAUUGUUUUCGACGGCAGUACUCGUGUAUGGAAUGCGUGUCCAAAGGACUAUAAUAGAAACCAUACUAUAGAAUUUGCAGCUCAAUUACUCCCCCCCAAGGUUGAAGUGGUAAAGAUGUUACGAGAGGGCAUUGGACAAGUCGCUAAAGUAUUUCAUCCAGAUGAUGACCCGCGCUCAGCAAACGGAGAUGAUUUAGAAAAAUGUUACGUUGAAUUUACAAAACCGACUACCUGUUUAUGGAAGCAUUCGCGUCGAAAAUCUGCAGUAGAGUUACCAGACGCUGUGUUCAUUUCACAAAAACUCAGAACUAUGAAAGAUGCCAUGUGGGUUAAUAAUUCAGCUAAUACAAACACUAAUAACGAAGAAUCUAAAAAAGUAAAAUUUUCAGGUAUACAUGCACAACCAACAACUCAGGUUUUAUUCAAACCAGUCUAUCACAGACAUUCUCGUCGCGUUCGUCCUCGACCAACGUCAUUAUUCUUCCCCCUCAUUGUAGAUCCUGGGGAUGACUAUCGAUAUACUAUUACGGCUGGCAGGUUGCUUGCUGUUGAAAAAGUGUCAUCGUAUGUCGCAGAACAUCUCACUUGUCUGAUUAGUCCUGCAAAGGCUAAUCACAAUAUUGGCGAUAUAAUUCUCGCUCUCUUUGGCCAUGAAAUUGAAUAUGGAGAUGACAAGGGGGGGUGCUGUGUUUACGUUAACUCGGAGAGAUACUCUAUAUUUUCGGGUAUGCUUCCGAAAGAGUUGGCAGAAUUGAUCAAAGCAUUCAGGUGUUAUUUGCAAAGCCAAGUGCACGGGAAGGGGACACUAUCCCAGUCAAGAAAUGUUGAAACAGAUAUAAACGUAAAGAAUACUCCCGUUGAUACUCACAUUCCCGAGCAACAAUUGGUUUUAAAAGAAACGACAAGACUAUGGCGAGAGGGUAAUAUAAAGCUGGAAGAAAUAGGCGAAUUGCUUAAAAAGACCAUAUAUUUAAUUCUUUAA